ACCGGUUGUACCAGGAUUUGUUGCUCCGUCCAUGGGUUUAUACCAACUAUAUCACUCUUGUGCGGGGUGUUGAAACCUUGCAUGGUGAGGAGUUGCUGAGGUAAUUCAAUAUGAGAGAAAAGCCAAUCCAGUUGAGGGGGGGAGAGAAAUUUUCAAACCCACUAGGUGGACUUCGUUUUGGCUCUCACAAACUAUGGGAAUGGAGGACGGGAUAUUCAUGUGUGAGCUCUGGCGGGGGCUGCUUGAUAAUAAGCGUCUUCAAUGACCAACUUGUCAUGAGAGGCAAAUGGUGCCACUUUUCCUGGGUACACAUUCACUAUACCGGAUGUUGAAUAGCGUACCCAGCGCACGAACCUACCUAUGUCACCAGCCUCUCGAAUGAUUCUCAUCUCACACAAUUAUUCUUGCAAGAGAACUCGUUUUAGCCAUACGUCCUGUGAUCACUGGCUGGUACAUUUUGUCAGUGGUCUUGGGAAGAUCCGGUACCUCUCAGAAC